AUGUCCAGAUACGACCGCGCCAUCACUGUCUUCUCGCCCGAUGGACACUUGUUCCAGGUAGAAUACGCAAUGGAAGCCGGUGCCGUCGUCGUCGGAGUACGCGGCAAGGCCGCGGUCGUGCUGGCCGUGGAACGUAAGGAGACGGCCAAGCUGCAGGACCCGCGUACGGUGCGCAAGAUCUGCAAGGUGGAUGACCAUAUCUCUAUCGCCUUCGCCGGUCUCACGGCCGAUGCCCGCGUGCUGGUGAACAAGGCGCGCCUCGAGUGCCAGAGCUACCGCCUCACGGUGGAGGACGCGCCGUCCGUUGAGUACGUGGCACGCUACGUCGCACGCGUCCAGCAAAAGUACACGCAGCGUGGCGGUGUGCGACCGUUUGGUAUCUCGAUGCUUAUCGCCGGCUGCAACGACCAGGGCGUGCCCCAGCUGUACCAGACAGACCCGUCCGGCACCUUUUCGGCCUGGAAGGCCAACGCCACAGGCCGCAACUCGACCAACAUCCGCGAGUUCCUUGAGAAAAACUACGUGGAGAACGCCACUGAAGAGGAGGCUGUUACUCUGGCCAUCAAGGCACUGCUGGAAGUUGUCGAGUCCGGCAGCAAGAACAUUGAAAUCGUCGUCGUGCGAGCGGGAGGCAAGGUGUCGCCACUUGAGGACGACAAGGUGAACGAGCUCUGUGAUAAGAUUGAAGCUGAGAAGGAGGCGGCUCGCCAGGCCAGCGGCGAGAGUAAGUCUUCUGCUUAG